UCCCUGUGACCUUUGACCUGCAGGUGAGCUACAAUCGGGGGGCACCAUAGCCCGCUAUUUGCUGUGCCGCCUGCGGGGAUGUCACCGCCCCCGGCUCUCUGUCUGGCCGGAGACCCCGGCACAGGCCCGGCACAGCCUCAGCCCCGGUGAGCCGGCACGGGGACCAUGAGCGGUGCCCGGAAGAAAAGCAGCUUCCAGAUCACCAGCAUCACCAGUGAGUUCGAGCCGCCGGUGGCACCGCCCGCCGUGGAGCCACCAGAAGACGCGGCCGCGCCACGCAACGGGCCGCCCGGCGCCGCCUCCCGCUUCCGCCUGGUGAAGCUGGACCAGGGCCCGGGCGAGCCCUUCAAACGGGGCCGCUGGACCUGCCUGGAGUUCUACGACCAUGACCCCGAGCUCCAGGCCGUGGGGCGGCUCCUGGGCACCCCCCGGCACCCACAGUCCCUCGACUCCCGCCUGGAGCUGGCUGGGCUGCUGCCCAAGCCCCACGGCUACUCCAGCCUCCUGCCGCCAAGUGGGCUCGGCCACUCCCAGGGCAUGGCCCAUCCCAGCGAGCAUCUGCCCCACUCGCUGGGGAGCGGGGACAGGACACCCGGGGGCAGAGCUCACAGCCAUGGGGCCACUGCGGAGCCGAGCCUAGGGGUCGAAGAGCUGCUGCUGCCUCACAGCCUCGCCCAGCGCAUCCGGAGGGAGGUGGAGGAAAGGCACAAGGUGCCACCCCGAGGCUCCCGCCCCUCAUCCCCGGCCCCCCCGUUCUUCCGGGAAGGGAGCCCCGUCCGGAGGGGGUCAGACCCCUUUGGAGGCCACCUCAGCCUGGCCCGCUCCAUGUUCGCUAUGGGGGGCCACCAGGACAGCGACGAUGAAAGCGGCUCAGGCAGCAGCAUGAUCGCCAUUGACAACAAGAUCGAACAGGCCAUGGACCUGGUGAAGAGCCACCUGAUGUUCGCGGUACGGGAGGAGGUGGAGGUGCUGCGGGAGCAGAUCAGGGAGCUGGCCGAGCGCAAUGCGGCCCUGGAGUGGGAGAACGGGCUCCUGCGCUCCCUGGCCAGCCCCGAGCAGCUGGCCCAGCUCCGCCGCCCCACGGCCUGACCCACACCGGGGCAACCACACGCUACGAUCCCGCACAUGUGAAGGGAGCUGCAGGGGCCUGGCUGGAUGGGAGGUGGCUACUAACACAGCACGUGCCUUGGGGGACGGGAUGGAGCCAGGACUCCUGGGUUCUCUCCCCGGCUCUGGGAGGGGAGUGGGGGCUGGUGGGUCAGAGCAGGGGGGCUGGGAGCCCGGACUCCUGGGUUCUCUCCCCGGCUCUGGGAGGGGAGUGGGGGCUGGUGGGUCAGAGCAGGGGGCUGGGAGCCAGGACUCCUGGGUUCUCUCCCCGGCUCUGGGAGGGGAGUGGGGACUGGUGGGUUAGAGCAGGGGGGCUGGGAGCCAGGACUCCUGGGUUCUCUCCCCGGCUCUGGGAGGCGAGUGGGGGCUGGUGGGUCAGAGCACAGGGGCUGGGAGCCCGGACUCCUGGGUUCUCUCCCCAGCUCUGGGAGGGGAGUGGGGGCUGUGGGCACCAGGACUCCUGGCUCUGGGUGGGGACUUUAAUUCCGUGGGGUGGGAGUGGCUCUGCCCAAAGCAGAGGGACUGGAGUGGCCAGGACAGGGUGGACCCCAGGACUAGCUGGGGGGGCUGUUGGCCAGGUUGGCAAAGGGGCCGGGGCCAUGGGGUGGCCGGAGAGCCUCCGAGGCGCGGGGGGGGGGACGGGACGGUGGUGGCAAUAGUAAUAAUUUGUAAUAAAGGAACUUUUCUAGUAUUUCAGGUGAUUAAAAUAGCAGGAGCAGUGGA